AUGUCAGUGAACGGACCCCCGAAGGUCCCAGAAGAAUCAUUCCCUUCAGGUGUCUUCUCGCCUCCCCAGAAUGAGUCUGAGUGGCUUCUGGCUCUUAUUGACGUGAAGUGGCUUUGUCUCAACCAGCAGUACAAACUAUGUGCCUCUCGUUGCCAUCAGCUUAUAGAAACUGCAUCUGAUCCGAUCUAUCCGAUCCGUGCAACCUACCUCUACUACUAUGCAGCGACUUCCUAUGAGUACCUAGGACGAGCAGCUCAUAUCUUUUCCGCAGCUAAAAUCCCUCUUUUGACUUCUGCUCUGGAAAAUUUUGAGUUUGCUUACAUUGCCCUGCCUGCUACGUUUCCGCAUCCGAUUUGGAAUACCAGCGGGAGUUAUUCGCCCGUUACUGGUACUCCUUACUCGCGCUCCCCUUCUCCUCAGUUUGAUCUGUCUCCUUUGCCUUCUUCUGGUUUCAUAUGGAGCCCUAAAGGCUCACCUGCCAACCAGUACAACUCAGUCUCUGAUGACCUGGACGCGUGCCCGUCAGUCUGCGUUUGGAGCCCUCAAACAUACUCACCAGCCCAGGAUGUCUCCUCUGUUGGCGAUACUGGAGCUGAGACUUAUGUGGAUACCAGGCCCUUUCAGACUCCUCCACCUGCCCCUUCUCCAUCUAUUUCUUCAUCCACUACCACUGCGUUCUGUGUCACGCCACCUCUUGAAUCCGAACAAGCCUCUCGUCCUCCCUGCGGUGCGCCUAUUCCGGUAUUCAAUAUCCCGCCUCCCAUCCGCCCUCCACCCCCUCCCCCUCAUAGGAUCUUUGCUAGUCCAGCCAGGUCUGUGCGUGAGCAAUUGAUCACUUUUGACAGUGACAAUAAUGGGCUUCCAAUUGGUGGUAACAUCGUGAAGAACAUUGCUCGCAUGAUCGAUAACUCAUUACUGAUCGGGUCCGAUGACCCUUUUGUCUCGCACGAGAAAUCAACUCUUCGUCCGGCCAUGCACCCUUCAGUGCGACUGUCUCCAGUCAAAUUUCCAGCUGAUCUCAAAGACCCAGUAAAUCAAAUCAAGCUCAUCCCCUCCCCACUCAAUAUCAGAAAGCACUCUGGCGAGGUCCUUAAGUGCGGUGGCCCAGGAAUUGUCAUCAGCGAGAACCAAAAGCAAGAAGAAUACAAAGAUGACAUGAAGCGCCCUGCUCGAGUUCGCCCUCCCAGGCUACCAUUAAGGAUCAUCCCAUCCAAGAAUAUGAAAGCUGACACUAGAAAGACAAGCUCUCCAAUUCUAUCCCCACAGCCUAGGCGUGUGAGCCCCAUCGUCCCCAUCGUCCUACCUUACCCCGAUCUACGGCCCUCUUCCAAGCUCGCGCCGCCCACAGCCCCAAGCCCGAUCGUACAAAAUACCAUGCCCGUCCUCGGCUCACCUUUUACCACGCCUCCCCGCUCCUCCGAAAACUCCAUGUCCGUCUACUCAUCGCCAUUCCCAUCCCCCGAACCCGUGCCAUCCGCUCAAGCCGCUGAAAUCCUAAAAUUCAACAAAGUAGUCAUGUGGCUGCGCGAGCACAUCCCGGCCAACACAACCACGCUCCGCAAACAGAUCCAGCACGUCGCUGAUUUCCAGGAAGCGCGCCGCACCCGCAACACGAAAAUGACGCACUCCGCCUCAUUCUGGACGUUCACGCCUGGCAAGGCAAGUCCUGGUGAUGAGACGGACGAGAAGUCGCCGCUAUGGGACGGUCCUAAUAUCGAUGAGUAUGGAAAUCUGCUCAGGGUUGAGACUAAGGCGCAGCGGAUCAAGAGGCUGCGUCAAGAAGGGUGGAAGAUUGGGAUUCGCUCGAAGCAUAGUCUUUGGAAGGGGUCUGAGUACUAUGACAAGUUUUGUGAAAUUGCUUUGGAGGAAUUGGGGGAUAGCCGUGGUCUUACUGUCGAGGGACAUGCUUGUUUGAGAGAAUGGUAG